UAUCCUGGCACUAUCUCUGAUAAAGUUCCAUUCUUUAGCUUUAGCCUUAGGCACUAAAAUUUCUGGUUUGUUCCCUCCUCACUAGUGCCAAACCAAGCUUCAUCAAAAUCAUCCGAUUGACUGUUUCCUCCAAAUACAAACCAGAACCCAAUACUCAAGGUAAUACCUUACUGUUUGAGUCGCCGCAGAAGUACUGCUAAUGUACUGUUAAUAGAUGUUAUCCCGAGCAGCUGUCCGCGCAUCCUCCACAACCUCAAUGGUCGCUCGCCGUGGCUUCCACUCCACUCGCGCUCAAAUGGGUUCGCCAUACCAUUACCCCGAGGGACCACGAAGCAACAUUCCAUUCAACCCAAACACAAGAUUUUUUGCUUUGAGAUACUGGGGAUUCAUGGCUGUUGGAUUCGGUGAGUGAGAAGAACAGCUUCGCCGGAGAGAGGGGUAUUGGAGAGUCAUACUAAUGUUGGAUAUAGGUGCUCCAUUCGGCAUUGCAGUCUGGCAAACAUGCAAGAACCAAUAGAGUGUUUUGUUGGUGGAUGUUUCAUUGGGGGGAAAGCUUGAAUCGAUUGGUAAUGAAAACUAGAAGGGUUGGGGAAUGGGGUAUACAAUACAACAUUCUCAUGUAUUUAAGUCCAUUCUUCUAUAUCGAUUGUGCUGGUUUCCUAC